UCGUACUAGACCGUGGAUUCGCCAAGCUCAAGGAUAUGUCCCAUCCGCCUCAUGUCUUUUCCAGACUCGACCCUGGGGACACAAUAAUGGAAGAUGCUCACGGUGAUACGCACCACGAGUCCGGCGCUGAUACUCAACAAAUUAUGGAUGUUGAUGACGAGGAUGCGGUGUCGCAGUCAGCCUCAAGUAGGCAACAAAGUCCUGUCCAAUACGUCAACCCAAACUGUGUGAGCGCACCCGAUCUCGUAGAAGGACCACCCAUACCAGCGCGGUAUCACUAUGGAGAGGCCGUUCAAACACAGUCCCGGCGAUUUCCUUGUCAUCAAGAGAUCUCAUGAUGAACCGCCCCUACACCGACUCUACGAGGUCGAAGUCGAUGGUGCUGAUCUCAAUGUCAUGUAUUGCAAGCUGAUCGCGCCGGCAUUUCGCGUGGGUGACGUGCCAGCAGCAUAUUCUGGGAGCAUUCCAGACGCAGCUGGCGCGUUUGUGCGCGUCUACAAUCGUUGCCCGGGCGACGUGGACUCAGGCUUGUUGAUGAGACAGUACCGAAGAUAUCCUCGGCUGCUCGGGGAUCUCUCAGCGACCCCCAUUCGCUCUGAUCAGAUUAUUGCUCCCGUCUGUCGAGUCGUGGAACAACUUGACAAGACUGACUUGGUGAUCGAACAUUUCGAAAAUGGCAAGAUCAGACCUGCUCUCGUGCCGAUGGAUCGCAACGACGUAUGGUGCACAGAGCUCAUCGGACCUGGAGAGGAUAUAGCUCGGCCGACGAUUAUAUGUGUGAACGGCUGCACGGAAGGGCGCGCAUGGGAGGAUGCCUUCACUGGGGAGGUCCGCUACUGCCGCAAAUGUGGUAAGAUGAUGCAUGUCGAAUGUCUGGAAGCCGACGGGCCAGAAAUCGUGGACUUGAGCGUGUACGCGGACUGGCUCGAAGAGUUCGACCAGGAAUAUCUUCGGUACCUCCUGCGCGCGCGACGUCCAAAGUCCAGAAUGCCCUAUAAGCCACCCGAGUUUGGGAAACACCUGGAAGUGGACGAGGAUGUGGACGACAAAGAUAACAAGAUUCCCUGGCCGCCGAAGGUGACCUACGCCGAGGUGGCCUGCCUGCCGAUUCGCCGCAGAACAUCGCCUGGAGACGCGCCCCAGACCAACGAGAUCCUCAUCCAACAUGUUCUUGACCUCCUGGAGAGGGGCGAGGUCCGGGAAGGCGACCCCGUCCCGCAUCCCGCGGAGGGUGGGUGGUUUCACAAGGUGGCUCCGCAGGCUGCACUUCGCGCUGUGAAGGAUAUACUCUGCCGUGACUUGAGCGACGCACGUACAGAUAACAUGCGUUGGUACAUAUGUAUUGGCUGCCACAAGCAACUGGUAUAGUAUGACUACUAGAAGUGCUUGCGUCCAUCUGAUCGAUGCCGAUAUCACAUCGUAAAAUAUCUAGUCGCGUUCAAGCUUCUUCGUUACCAGACGAGGGGGCGCAUAUAUAGAUAGCACA